CUUUAUGAGUAUGAGUGUUUCCUGCAUGUACAUGCAUGCUUGGUGCCCACAGAAGUCAGAAGACAGCAUCUAUGGAGAGCUUUGUCUGUCCCUGUGGUUGCUGGGAAUUGAACCCAGGUCCUUUGCAAGAGCAACACAUGCUCUUAACCACUCAAGUUUGUCUUUAUUGUUUUUCAUUUUUGAAGACAGGGUCUUAUAUGUCCCAGGCUGGCUUGAAACUCACCUGGUGAGCACUUAUCCACACCUGGCUUUAUGCAGUGCUAGGUUGUAUCCACACCUGGCUUUAUGCAGUGCAAGGUUUGAACCAAGGACUUUGUAUGUACUAGACAAUCAGUCUUCCAACUGAGUUACACCCCUAGCCUUUUGUUUUAAAGUGUUUAUGUGCUCUCAAGUACUGGUGUGUGGCUUCAUAGCUGCCCAUGUAUGUACAAGCCUAUGAAACCACAGGGUGAUGUCUGUCUUACUCAAUUGCUCUCCAGCUUAUAUAGUCAGAUAGGGGCUCUCACCUGAACCCAGAGCCCACUACUUGGGGUAGUCUAACUAGCCAGCUUGUUCCAGGGCUUACCUGUUCUUCCCUCCUGCAGGUCGCUACACCCACUCAGCAUUUACAUGGUGGCUGAGCACCCAAAGUCUAGUCCCUUACUUGCAUGGCAAGUGCCUUCCUUACCCACUGAACCAUCUCCACCAUUCAUUUUCUUUUACCAUUCCCUAUAAAUUCAUUAUUUUCUUACUAUUCAUAUCUAGACUCCAGAGCGAAUCAAAUUAUUCCUUUUUUCUUGUUGGUUUAGAGCUUUGAGGUAAUGAAUUAGAACCUCUAAGAAUCUCCACUUUGUGCUGCCCUCUUCUUGUGGCAGGAAGGGUUCUGGGUAUACCUGAGCUACACCUAAAGACUUUAAAAAAAAAAAAAUUGUGUGUUCGUAGCUCUGGCUUACCUCCAACUCGGAGAUCUGCCUGCCUCUGUCUCCCCAGUGCUGGGAUUAUAACAUGAGCCAUCAGGCCCAGCUUUUAAAUGUGUGUGUAGGUGCCUGUGGAGGUCAGAAGAGGCAUCAGAUCCCCUGGAAGUGGAGUUACCAUAAGUUGCGAGCUACUACGUGGGUACUGAGAAUCAAACCUGAAUCCUCUGGAAACUUGGCUGGUGCUUUGAACUGCUGAGCCAUCGCUCCAGCUCCUUUUGCUCCGCUAUUUUUAAUGACAGAUUCCUAGGUCUAGUAUCUCCAAGUCUACUUGGUUUUGAGUCUCAGUGGUUGGCAGAGUUGGGAAUUAGACGCAGUGAGUGGCAGAUCUUGAUGGAGGGCAAGCCCCUUUCACUUUUGACUGUCUUAUUAACAGCGCCGACUAGUGGCAACUGCAGCUUAGCCCAUUUUUACAGCGUGUACGUGUUGCCCAAAGGCACACAAACUUGUUUCUCCAGCUAGACAACAACUCUAUCUUCUACAAGAAAAAGGGGGGUAAAAAACUUUUGGAAAUUUCAUGGACAAAACUGACAGAGGGCACAGUAUCAGUUUUAACUUAAGAAUUCACAACUUUCUCUCAAAAACCUGUCUCCUAAUACUGAUUAUUUCCUACUAGGGACUUGUUUAGUCAGUGACAACAAACACUUGGAAACAGCUUUUCACGGUUAAGCCUUUAAUCCGUGGAUUCGCAUUUUUUAAUAUUUUAUAUUACAGGUAAUGUCAGGUGGAUUCCCCCCUCUCUUCGAAACCAACAAGAUUUUGAAAUCCCCAAACAUAAUCAUGUAUGCAAAGAGUUUGGGUUAAAGAAUCUUUUUUUGGGGGGGAGGGGCGGUUAAAGAAUCUUACAAGUGGCUAAAGAGCAGGCAAUUGGAGCAGGGAGAGAAAAUACGGUUUUUGCUGGCUCUUCAUCCUUAUUUCGGUUCCAGUGGUUUGGAGCACAAACGUUCUCACUUAAUAACUUCUAGCCUAGCUUGCUUGUAACACCUACCAUUCUUGAUUUUCUUGCCCUUUUCCGACAAAUAGUUAUUACUUAAAAAGUGGAGGGGAGUGAUAAAUAUAACACGUAUGCCCACGUCCAAGGGAAAUUUUAAACAUUUAACGUCCAGCUCUUGGGCCGCUAGUUGGCUCAGCGAGUAAAGGAACCGGCUAACACGACCUGACUUUGAUCCUGGGAGCUACGCGGCCAUGAGGAGUAUCGGCUCCGGCAUUUUGUCAUUUGACUUUGACAUGCUCCCGCGCACACAAUAAAUGGAAAAAAAAAAGUCCCAAACUCCAGUUCUUUUGCUAUGUGAUCAUAGAUGGACAUUCACAUCCUUUCCCUUUAAACUCAAGGUUAUUUUUGGUCACCGAGGCCGCUUAUAAUUCAAGGGUAUCUUUGCGUGUACAUCUUUAUCCACAUGUCCCACCUUCGGAGGGUAUGGUGCAGGCUGUCGCGAGGCCGCCAUCGCCGCGUGGUGGGUGAAUGAUGGGCCUCACGGCGUCCGGGAACCCACCCUCCACGCGGCAGCUCGGCCGCCAUUGAGCGCGUUCUCCAAGACCCGGCACCUAGCGACAACUGCGCAGGCGCCAAAGCCUAACGCGCGGAAGCGGAAAUCAGCGUUGGGCGCGCGGACGACUCAGCGGCCUGUAACCAUGCGCGGCUUGGAGAAGCAGGGCUCGUGUGCUACGGCGGCCCCAUGUGGGUGCGUUCAGCCGGCCCUGGAGGCAGGUAACGUUAUGGAAAAAGGUGGCGCCGCACCCUAAGCUAGGCGGCCCGCUUCCCUGGCCAGAAGAACGCGAGCCACCUGACGUACAUUCUUGUCCUUGCCGCCAAAGGAAUCUUUUAACUGAGCCAAUAGGGUACUUGGAAUCAUGUUUCCCAGCCAAGAUUGGCACUCCAAGGCAGCCAUCCAUCUGUAGCCACUCCAGAGCCUGUUUGAAGAUCAGAAAGAACAUCUUUAAUAACCCUGAGCAUUCCUUGAUGGGCCUAGAAGAGUUUUCUCAUGUUUGGAUUUUGUUUGUUUUUCACAAAAAUGGCCAUUUGAACUACAAGGCAAAAGUGCAGCCGCCCAGGCUGAAUGGGGCAAAGACUGGAGUGUUCUCCACACGGAGCCCUCAUCGCCCUAAUGCCAUAGGGCUGACGCUGGCCAAGCUGGAGAAGGUGGAAGGUGGAGCUGUCUACCUGUCUGGAGUUGACAUGAUAGACGGCACACCUGUGCUAGACAUAAAGCCCUACAUUGCUGACUACGACUCACCACAGAACCUCAGUGUACACAAUGACCACCAUAAGCUGAGGGCUGAGGCCCAGGUUGAUGGCACGGCCAACAGUUGUGACCAGCUGCUGCUCUCAGGGCGUGGGAAAGUACAGCCUCGCCAGAGCACCAAGGAGAGACCGAAAUGCCUUGAAGACAGGACCUCAGGAGAAAACUCUCAGAAGUCCAGAGACAUGUCAGAAAUCCAGCACACUUUGCCAGAAGACAGAGAGAGAGCGUUGGAUCUGGCACUGGAACCAAGCCGAGGUGAGAGCAUGGAUAUGCCCGAAAAUCAGCUUGGCCCACCGGAACUGAAGAGCUUUCUGGAAGAAGGCACAGAUAGACCAAGGAAAGUAGAAGGUGCCUUGGUCCUGCCGGGGAGCAGUGCAGAAACACAGUGGGAUGCUUCCUACCGUGCCAGGACAGCUGACAGAGUGCCCUACAGUGUUGUCCCCAGCUGGGUGACAGAGGCUCCUGUAGCCCCUUUACAAGUCCGGUUUACUCCUCACGCAGAGAUGGAUCUGAGGAAGCUCAAUUCAGGAGAUGCUAGUCAGCCGUCAUUUAAGUACUUCCACUCCGCAGAGGAAGCCAAGCGUGCCAUUGAGGCUGUGCUGUCAGCAGAUCCUCGGUCUGUGUACCGCCGGAAGCUCUGCGAGGACCGCCUUUUCUUCUUCACUGUGGACACAGCACAUGUCACCUGCUGGUUUGGUGAUGGCUUCGCAGAGGUUGUGAGGAUUAAACUGGCUUCUGAGUCUGUUCAGGUGGCUGACCCUGAGGAAUCCUUGGCGGCCCUGGGGUCUUGAGCCCACUGUGUUUUCAGAAGCUCCAUUGGCAUCUGAUGUGCCUGCUCUUGUCAUCUUACUGCUUUGGUUGGUGCUGGUUUUUGUUUUUCUUUUUUUCUUUUAUAAAGACAUUAUUUAUUUUAUUAUAUUACUUAUAUUCUUUUUUAAUCCUAUGGAUUAAAUCCCUGCAUUUGAGGGUCUCUCUCU